CCGCCUUGGUAUAUCUGCGUCUGCGCAGCGCUCCUGUGGAGCCAGUCGGGACGGAGGAGACAAGAUGGCGCUCCGGGCGAUGCGGGGGAUGGUGAACGGGGCCGCACCCGAGCUGCCCGUGUCCACCAGUGGGCCGGUGGCGGGAGCUCGGGAGCAGGCGUUGGCGGUCAGCAGGAACUACCUCUCCCAGCCUCGGCUCACAUAUAAAACAGUAUCUGGAGUCAAUGGUCCUCUGGUGAUCUUGGAUCAUGUGAAGUUUCCCAGAUAUUCUGAGAUUGUCCACUUGACAUUACCAGACGGCACAAAGAGAAGUGGGCAGGUUCUGGAAAUCAGCGGUUCCAAAGCAGUGGUUCAGGUGUUUGAAGGGACUUCAGGUAUAGAUGCCAAGAAAACAUCCUGUGAGUUUACUGGAGAUAUUCUCCGGACACCGGUGUCUGAGGAUAUGCUUGGUCGAGUAUUCAAUGGAUCAGGAAAACCCAUUGACAGAGGUCCUGCUGUGCUGGCUGAGGACUUCCUUGACAUCAUGGGUCAACCAAUCAAUCCUCAGUGUCGAAUCUACCCAGAGGAGAUGAUUCAGACGGGCAUCUCUGCCAUAGAUGGCAUGAACAGCAUUGCUCGGGGACAGAAAAUCCCAAUCUUCUCUGCUGCUGGCUUACCACACAAUGAGAUUGCAGCUCAAAUCUGUCGCCAGGCUGGCUUGGUAAAGAAAUCCAAAGAUGUAAUGGAUUACAGUGAGGAGAAUUUUGCAAUUGUGUUUGCUGCUAUGGGUGUGAACAUGGAAACUGCCCGCUUCUUCAAAUCUGACUUUGAAGAAAAUGGCUCAAUGGACAAUGUCUGCCUCUUUUUGAACUUGGCUAAUGACCCAACUAUUGAGCGGAUUAUCACUCCUCGCCUGGCCCUGACCACAGCUGAAUUUCUGGCGUACCAGUGUGAGAAGCAUAUACUGGUUAUCCUGACAGACAUGAGUUCUUAUGCUGAAGCACUUCGAGAGGUCUCGGCAGCCAGGGAGGAGGUCCCUGGGCGACGAGGUUUCCCGGGCUACAUGUAUACGGAUUUAGCCACAAUAUAUGAGCGUGCAGGCCGAGUAGAAGGACGCAACGGCUCCAUUACUCAAAUCCCUAUUCUCACCAUGCCCAAUGAUGACAUCACUCACCCCAUCCCUGACCUGACUGGGUAUAUCACAGAGGGCCAGAUCUACGUGGACAGACAGCUGCUCAACAGACAGAUUUACCCACCUAUCAAUGUACUGCCCUCCCUCUCACGGUUAAUGAAGUCUGCUAUUGGAGAGGGGAUGACGAGGAAGGACCAUGCCGAUGUGUCUAACCAGCUGUAUGCAUGCUAUGCUAUCGGUAAGGAUGUACAAGCCAUGAAAGCCGUAGUGGGAGAAGAAGCCCUUACCUCAGAUGAUCUUCUUUACUUGGAAUUUCUGCAGAAGUUUGAGAGGAACUUCAUUAGUCAAGGUCCUUACGAAAAUCGCAGUGUCUAUGAGACUUUGGACAUUGGGUGGCAGCUGCUCCGAAUCUUCCCCAAAGAAAUGCUGAAGAGAAUCCCUCAGAGCACCCUGAGUGAAUUUUACCCUCGAGACUCCGCAAAGCAUUAGUCGGUGCUGCUUCUGUGGCAUACCCCUCUUGUGAAAUAUUGGUUCUGUUUUCUUGAUUCCUUUUGCACUCCUCCAUCCCCACCUCAGUGUGGGAAUUUACCGUGUUACCCUGUAAUUAAAAGCAAAGAGUAGGUAACAUAUUGUGCCAGUGUUGCAAUGUCUAAACUGCUAACAGACUUGAAAAUAUCCUCACUCUGAAAACCUGAUCUUCAGGGCUUUAAGUAGCUGUGGGGAUGGAGGUAAAGUUUUCUUACGGAUGUAUGUAUUUGUACAUAAUAGUGCAGUCGGUUUCCUAAUAAUGUCCUCAUUGUUUGGGCCUCCCAGACCUCACCUCUCAGCCCCCUCGAGAGUAUCACUGUCUGAAGCUAAGUGCUUUAGGGAUCGAAGGGCAAGACUGAAGAAGCCUCCUCUCACAGGAGCCAAGGGGCUCUUCGUCGAGCCUUCUCUUUUGGGUUGUUGGUGUGCCUGUGGUCUGCUCUGCUCUAAGCAGAUGGCUUUUACUCUCCACCCGCUCUUUCCAGUGUAAUAAAUCCUUAGCAGAAGGC